AUGGAAUCUUCUGACAACAUAUAUGUACAACAACUAAAGGAAAGAUUCUUGGAAUGUCCUGUGUGUUUGGAAGAGUUUUCGCAGGAGACUAGACUCCCAAGGGUCCUGCCAUGUCUUCAUACACAUUGCGAUUCCUGUCUGAAAAACAUCAUGAAAGAUGCCAGCGUCAAGUGUACCUUAUGUCUGAAGAUUUACCCUGUCCCUGACGAGAAUCUUGGUGUUUUCCCAACCGAUUAUACUCGAAAGGAUCUUCAGGACUUUGUUCGUGCGUCUCUUCAUAGGCACGAUUUGGUAUGCGAGGGAUGUAGUUCGAACGAUACCGCUAAGUUCAGGUGUACCACCUGUGGCCAUUUCCUGUGUGAGGCAUGCAAAGAUGCGCACGGACGUCUUGUAGUUUUCCAAACACAUGAUGUUUUUUCUCUCGAAGAGGAGCGAAGUUCAGAAGAAAACAUUAGUAAAUUUGCGCACCAGGCUUACUGUAAAACCCAGGGACAUGAACGUGAGGCAAUGCACUAUUACUGUACUGGCUGUGACAAAUCUAUAUGUACUCGUUGUUUCCUCAUACACCAUAAGUCACACGAGGUGAAAGAUAUUCAGGAAGUAUAUGAUACAAAGAAGACCUUGCUUCAAGACGAAGCGCAGAUGUUACAUCGUCGUAUUUCGGAAUGUAACAGCAUCAGGGCAAAGGUAACACAGGCUAAAGAAGAAGUGGAGAGCAACAGAACCAGAUCAGUUGAGGAACUGAAUGCCGCUUUCGAAACAUUAUUACAACUACUGACGAGACGACGGGAUGACUUGAUGGACACGAUAAACACAGUAGCAUCAAGAAAGAAUGGGAUUCUCCAACAACAGGACCAGUCUCUCGACAUAAUUAUCAAAUCAAUAGAAACCUGCUGUGAUUUUCUCCACCAAAGUCUUACCUAUAAUAACCAGCCAGCUUUCCUGAAAAUAGCGCCUAUCAUCUCACGACGAUUCGCCUACCUCCAGACGCUUGUUUUAGACGAGGAACCGUAUGAGACUUCGUAUCUGUCCUUCAAUGGCCUCAAUAUUGGCCUAACAUUUGGUACAUUUAUCCAAUCUUUAGGCAACAUAGAAUCCUCUGCCUUUUAUCAACCAAACACACGUGUACAUGCUGAACCAGCUACUAAUGGCAGUCUGAGUAAGGUCAUCAUUGAGCUUCAGAACCACGAAGGUAAUCUACUAGACGAACAUUUGGAUAUAGAGGGCACGGUAUUGAAGGACAGUGAGAUACAUUCAAAGACAAGGCUAGCACACCGCGACGGCGGUACAUAUGAAAUGAUACUUCCGGCUGUGGGGCCUUACCAGCUGAGUCUGAAGGCCUUCGACGAGAAGAUGCCAAUAUGGGAAGGUCCAGUCUCCAAACCGGGCGGUCAGGUAACACAUCACCGUGUUGGGCCCUCUACCGCUAGCAGACGGCACAGACGAUCAUCAGACACAUCCAACCUGGAACAUUCCUCACUUCCUCUAAGAUCACACAUGAAAACAAUAGACGACCUUGACCUCGAAAGUGCCAAAAGACCAGAAAGGCCACCACUACCACAGGUCGAACUUCUACAUCCAGAUCGCGGAACCAAUGGUGCAAACAGUUUACUGACAAUUCACAAUGCUCCCCCAAAUGGGUCCUCCCGGACGGACCGUUCUAUAACACGCGCCACAUUCCACUUGGAUGAAACAACAUUGCAUAAAUCUCGAUUUCUUUCAAAGGACAGAAAACACUUAUUUAACCGGAAACAGACCCGUCUACAGUCUGAGGAUGAACAGGAAGACAGGAAACCAAUGACAGUUAGGAGCAGGAGAGAACACAAACUCCAGAGAUACCAAGGUGUGAAAUCCUCCGCACAAAUUACACUACCUGAUGACGUUUACUUCGAGGUUGAUAUUACCUAUCAGUUUGAUCAGAAUCUUACCAAUGAUAUCGCCAUCUUUGAAAUUGGGUUUGCUCAUGACAGCGUAGUGGACAGUUCGGACACUGUUGGUAAUGAUAAACAGUCGUGCUCUAUUGCGGCCUAUGCCUGCUCCAACGAUGGAACCCUGAGACUGGGGUUCAGAGAAAACGGGAAACUGAUGUCCUCCCACACGGUACAGGCCAACCCCGCAUGUUCAAGUCACGUGAUCACUUUAGGAUUAAACGCGGACACACAGAGUGAGUCAGUGAAUGUGUUGGACAAGUCUCGUCAGCCGACCCGUUUGUAUACGUUUACUAACCAGGACUAUAGAUCAGGAAUUUGGCCUGUGUUUGGGGUGUUCAAUCCACAGAAGAUCGACGUUGUUCUUAAUCUGAAGUCAGGAUCGGAAAUCACAUACAUUCCAUUUCACCUUCUUAAAUGAUUGCAAUGAAGUAAUUCUUCUACAAAAUCCUAACUGUAAUGCAGCCGGAAAAAUGUAUACUUUGUUAGGAAUUCAGUAAUAACCAAAGUCACGUGUAUGAAGUCGCUUCUGACAGCGUUUCCUUUAUUGUUUGCCUUUAAUUUAUAGUUCAUUUAAACUUAUAGCGGUUGUCGUCGAUGAGAGAAGACGGUUAAACUUCCGGAACCCGUCGUUAUAUCUGUAUUUUUAAUAUUGGGACAAAUUAGGAUUUGGUUGAAUCUG